UGCCCGUGGAGCCUUUAUCUUCUGAUUACAAUUUUUAUUUAAUUCAAAGUAUAUAAUGAUUUUGUUUUUGUUUUCUUUUGCAAAGCAAAGUGAAAGAAUGCUUCCAAAUGACAAGACUCUUUUACUCAUUUUAUUUCCUUUCUUUGACUAUCUUCAGCUUGUUUUUACUCUUGUCCUUUCACCCUGUCUCUCUCUCUCUGACAUGUAACCAAUGUUGUUCUUCAAAGUCCAUAUAUAUGAACAUCUAUAACCAGUUCACUUUACUUGCUUUAAGUUGGUUACUAAUCUAUAGAUUUUAGGGUUUUUCUUUUCUUGGUUCAUAUAUCUCAUAUCUACUUUUCGUAAAGAUCAAUCAAGUCACGCUCACAAAGUACUUCAGCAGUGACAUGGCUCAUCAGCAGGAAGAAGGUUGGCCCCUGGGAUUGCAGCCCCUGAAUGUGAGAGUUGGGUUGCCUGGAAGAAACCAUGAUUACUCAGGAUCAAUAUCAUUCAACACUAUACUCACUGGUUCCCCAACUUCCUCCACAGAUUCCUCUUCAGAUUUAGACACAGAGUCUACUGGUUCCUUUUUCCAUGAUAAGAGCAUUACGCUUGGGAGCCUAAUCGGUGUUUCUAGCAUCUGGGAACUCUCGAAAAGAUCCAUAAGAGGAAGGAAAGCUGAAGCAACAAGAGAAAAACGAAACAACAGAUCAAAAGUUUGGCUGUUUUCCUUAUGUUCAAGGGAUAAUACCGAUGCUGAGAAUGUUAAUAAUGCAAACAAUGCUCCAUCACUCGGCCACUUCCUUGCGGUGGAAAGAAGAGCAGCCAGUGGAUAUAGAAGGAACCACAGUCCUACCGUCAAUGGACCUGACGAACUUGCCCUGCAGGCUCAACCCAAUAUAGAAUCAAACUCCCUAUUCAUUAAUGGCUGCAUCGCUCCUCCUCGAACAAGUUCAUGCCAUGUUGCAGAUGCUGAGACUCAAAAGAAGGGCCAACUAGAUAAUGAUGGUAAAACUAAUGGAGUUCCAGUUCUGCUUUCAUGCAUGUGUGGACAAACCUGAACCCUUCCCUCCAUUUAUGCCUUUGCAUCUCAUUAUUUCUGAUGAUUCAAUUUGGUAUGCUUUAGAGGUUAGGGAGGACUAAGCUUUAUUCUCUUUGUCAUAUAUUACUGUUUGUUUUUCCUUUUUCUUCGGUUUUUAAAGCUUAACUGAAUCAAUCUUUUCAUGAAGCUCCUUUUCCUACAAAA